AUGACCACGUGUCUACGAACCCUGCGAUUCGGCAACUGCUUGCUGAAGCUUGCGGUGCGGAAUGCGGCAGCAACAUCAGCCGUGCAAAGCUUGAGAAGCUCUCUUCCACGAACGGGCAGCCAGGAUGCUGGUCUGUGGGACGUUCUGGAAUACAACUCCCACUACUUCAAUCCACAUCGCAUGGCACCACUUCUGGCACAGGUUUUGGAGGAGCCACGCAGCGAGGCCCGCGGUGAUGCAAGGCUCCAUGCGUAUUUGCAGAAGGCGAUAGCAUCAUGCCAGCUGUAUCACAAUUUGCAGCUGAUCACCUGCAAGGAGACGGCCGCCGCCAUCACCUUCUGCAGACAGGUGGGACACCCUGCAGCAGAGGAGCUGUCGGACGUGAUAGUGGCGACUGUCUCCGAAGAGCUUUCGAGGCUCGAUAUGCGGCGAGUGUCCUUCUACAUUACCGCCUUUGCCAAGUACAACAUUGAGGACAGUCGGUUCUGGAAGUCAGCAGCGCGAGUUGUUGCAAACACCUCGGAGCCGAUGUCUCAACAGGUGCUGGUCAGCUUGAUGGACGCAUUCCGCAAGAGCGGAGUGAAGCAAGAGAUAGCUGCCGAUAUGGAGGGUCGUGCCUCUGAUGAUGGGAGCAGCUCAGAAGGCUUCAAGGCUGACACGGAAAGUCUCGAAGAACCUCCUUGUGGCAGUUUGGUGGUUUUGGUUGGCCUCCGACAAGUCGAGUUGAAUGGCCUUGUCGGAACAGUGGAGGAAGGUGGCCCAGAAGGCCGAGUCGCAGUGCGACUCGGUUCUGGCCAAAACCUGGCCGUGCGCCCUGGCAACCUGCGGCUAGCCGAAGUCGAUGCCUUCGACGCCGAUCUCAACGACGACUCGCCUGCUGCGCUUUCGGAGGAUGCGGGCCUGCGUGCAAGGAAGACAGGUGCCUGCCAUUGUACACGAUCGUCGUUCGAUCCGCUGAACCAGUACGGGGGCAGAUCGAACUCUGAGGCCACCUUCGAAGAGGAAUAUGCUCGGGCCAACAAAGACUUGGACGAGGAGCCAGCCAAUCUGCAGCAGAGAAAGACCUGGUUAAGUUUGAUAUUCCUGGUUUUGAUCGUGGGCCCAGCAAUGGCAACCUUUUUCAUAACUGCAAAAGAUUGGGCAGACCCACUGGUCCGCGUCGUGCCACCUGGAGACUCCAAGCAAGUGCAGGACAUCUUUUUUGGGGGCAACGCUUGGUUAGUCUCCUGCGUUACAUCGAAGACAGCAGCUGCCAAAGCUCCUUCAGUUUUACAGGGCGCUGCCGAGUUGCUCCGGCCCCGAGGCGUGCGUGUUGCGCGUGUUCACUGUUGGGAGCCCCUGGAGACCAAGAAAGGUCUUCGAAGCCUGGCACAGAGGUUUGGAUUUCGGGAUAAGCCACCCGUGGUAAUGGCCACCAGGGGCCAAGGCUCGCCAACUCUCUUAGCUGCGACGGGACUGCGAGCAGAAGCAUUGGCCGCGAAAGUCCUGGCAGCUGUCAUACCAGAGGAGUCUGCCACUCUCAAGGCUUACACGGUUCGUGAGGGGUCGCAAGGGAGGUCGGGAAAUCGAGUGGAGCGAGUCGGCAAGCGCCCGGCCGAGCAGACGGAGGAGGCCACAAAAGACGAUGCAGAGGCUCCUCCUGGACAUGUGGAUGAAGAAGAGGAAGUCAACCUGGACCUGGACAGAGAAGAGGCAGUGCGGGUCCUUCUUACUCAGUGGCUUCUGCGGCUGCGAAAGGAGAAGGAGAAUCCCACAGGUGCCAUAUCUGUGCAGCAGAUCUUGAGUUUGGCUGUGUCUCUUGGCCUGAAUCCGGAGCUGGUGAACACGGCGGUAUUCGCCAGGGACGUGGCUGCUUAUCUCAGCAACCGCCUUGAUCUUCUCAGAACUGAAGAGCUGAUCGUGUUCCUUUGGGCUUUCCGGAGGCUGGUGCUUUCACAGAGCUCCACUGCAUUCCUCUCAAAAGGCCUACACAAGGUUCAUCAGCAAUGGCGACUUUUGGUGGCAUCGGCGGAACUGAGCGUGCAGCGCCUGGUCCAACUUUCCGAUGUUCUGAGCUGUGUGAAAGCAGAGGCCAAGAGCCGGGCACCGUAUUGGACCGACAAGCUGGAAGAGCUGCAAGAGCUAGUCAUUCAGGACUUGACCGAAUCGGUCCAGUACUGCCAGCCUGAAGUUCUGGCUGAGAUCUUGGAGAUGUGGGCUGGGACUCAGGAGUUCUGGCAGAGCCACGGCGACUUCGCUCAGGCGAUCACGAAGAGAAUGGAGGAGCUGCUACUUGAAUGCAUCGACCUUCAAGAGGUUGUCGGUUUGCUGCAGGCUGCGCUGGCAGCCCCUGGCUUGAUCUCCACCUUGCCGGUCAGCGGGGUGAAGGCUUUGCAAGCAGCGGUCCUGACCCGAAAUGAUGAAGAUGUGGAGCGGGUGCAGGCCAUCUUCGCUGGCAGCACAUGGGAGGUGCUAUGUCAAGGAGCUCCAGCAAGAGAAAUGUCUGGUGCCAGCACAGCCGACAACUCUUCCACAGCUGAGGACAAGGCCUCAAAGUUUCAGGCCCUUCUCAGCGCAUGGCAGCAGCCAAGGACUGAUCUCGAGCUGGUCCAAUUUCUUCGGGAUGCUACCACGCUUUGCAACGAGCCUGUAGAGGUUCUUCAAGCCUUGGAGGCAGCAGCCCCAUUUGCUGAACGUCUGGCCGCCGGUGCCACUGCAGAGGUGCUCCAACUACUGGAGAAGCUUUGCCAAAGUAUUGCACAAGCAGCACCAGACUUGACAGCUGAUCAGCUGGGUGGCGCAUUGCAAGCGUGUGCCGUUGCCGGCUUGCCUCAUGCUCCACUCUUCUCUGCUGCUUUGGAUUGCAUGACUGAAACUAGCGCCACACGCGCUGUGGAGGUGCUAGAGUCCUUCGCUAAACUUCGUUUGGCACUCCCGGAGCUUUUACCAUGGCUGCGGAUGCUCCUUGAGGAGGGAGCAGAGCGCCAACUUUCAGCCAAUGGCUUAGCACGCCUUCUGGCAGCUGCCGCCAGACUGGGCAUCGUUGAGGCUUCAGGAGUUGACCACAUCCUCAAAAGGUUGCUGACGGUGGCUUCGCCCAUUCGUCCAAUGUCACCAGAGACCCUCGCUGCUGUUUGCUUGGGGCUGACCUUGACGAACUGGACACCCCGAGCUGGGCAAUCUGACCUCUGGGAGGUGGCCCGGUGGCUUCGAAGCAUCAAGCGAGCCAAGGAGUCGCAAGCCCCGCAACACGCGACAGUGUUGCGAAACUUUGUGCUGCGGCUUCUGAUGUCGCCGUCUUCACGAGAAGCAGCUAGUGAGCUAUCUCCGGAGCUUCAAGAAGUCAUGGUGGAUGUGGUUUGUUCAGCUUCCGCUCAACGACGAGUUGUUUCUGACACGACCCUGAAAUUCCGCCACGAGGCUGCGGAGGUUCUGAGGACCGCUGGCCAGCGGUGGCCUGAGAUACGGCUUCCACAUGCACAAGGCUCCUGA